AAAAUAAUUAAUGGAGGCAAAGAAGAUCAUCGGUAUAGGCAGUCCAUUGUUAGAUAUUCAAGCUGAAGUACCAGCUGAAUUCCUUGAGAAGUACGGAUUGACACUCAAUAACACUUAUUUUGCUGAGGAGAAACAUUUACCACUCUACGAGGAAUUGAUAAACAUUCCAACUCAUUCUCAUGUUCCAGGAGGUAUGCAAAUCCCAAUUAUUCUUAGGAUCUGCACUUAACACCAUAAGAUUGUCUAGAUGGAUGGCUUAAGCUGGUUAGGAUCAAGUAAAAUUCAUCGGUUGUGUUGGAAAGAAGGACAAAUUUGCAAAUAUGUUAAUAGAGGUGACAAAUUAAGACGGAGUGACCACCUUAUUUGACGAAUAGGAUCAACCUACUGGUAAAUGCGGAGUGUUGCUCUGCAAUAAGGAUAGGUAUUUACAAUAAUUAGAAAACUAAUAGAUGUUUGGUUCCCUUGAUUGGUGCAGCAGCUCAUUUGUCUGAAGCCUAUGUCGAUUAGCAUAUCGAGGAUAUCAAAACUGCUACUGUCUUAUUUAGUGAAGUGUAUUUCUUGUAUCCAAGAGCUGAACUUACAAAGAAAGUAUAUUAAAUUGCUUCAGAAAAUGGUGUGAACACUUGCUUGACUCUUUCAAGUGUAAAUGCAGUAAGUGAUAGAUUCAAUGAAAUAUUGGCCGUCCUCCCAUAUGUUGAUUACUUGUUUGGUAACGAAGAGGAAGUUGAAUAAUUUGCUAAGAAUUUGAAGUUCGAGGGAGAUCUCCCAACUGUAAUGUAAUAGAUAGCUGGGUAAGAAAAACAUGGACAAAGAGAAAGAGUGGUUGUAUGCACUUAAGGAAAGAAACCAACAUUGAUUGCUAAAAAGAAUGAAGUUAUAACUGUUGAAGUUUAGUUGGUCGAUGUAUCAAAGAUUGUUGACACCAAUAGUGCUGGUGAUUCAUUUUGCGGAGGGUAUUCAAUUAAUUUAUAUUAAUUAGAUUUAUUGCUGAAUUGUUGAAUGGUCCAGAUCUUGUCAAAUGUGCCAAGGCUGGAAAUUAUUCAGCCUCAUAAACCAUCUAGCAUGAGGGAAGCACAAUUCCAAAAUAUGCACCAGAAAAAACAUGGUGAAAAGAUAUUAUUUAUU